CGAAAAGCUCUCUCUCCAAUAUCUGGAUAUGUAGCAAUAGUGGGCAUUAUUGGUGAAUUCAUAUCCAUGCACAUUUGGAUUAGUAUAUAUGUCUGCAUAGCAUGUUAUUACAGCCACAAGAACUAGAAAUCCCCGGCUUAGCCAUCCGGCCACAACUAGCGCGUACGACAACGUAAUCAAAGAAAUUCCUAUAAAAGGUCAAACAGUUAAUUGAUUAUCUAUGAAAGAAUAUGGGAAAACAACAACAAGAACUUUAAAGCGAAUGCACAAUAAAUACAGGGUGAGUUUAAUUGCUCCGAGGAUUAGAUGUAUACAAAAGUGGACAUUUGGUGUUCCGAUUUUUUUCCAAUUAUUUGGCCUAAACUAAGGUGAAAAAAUCGGAACACCAAAUGUCCAGUUUUGUAUACAUGUAUUCCUCAGAGCAAUUAAAUGCUCCCAUAGGAAUUUCUUUGAUUACACUUUCGUACGCGCUAGCUGAGGCCGGAUGGUUAAGCCUGUGAUUUCAAGUUCUUGUGGCGGUAAUAACAUGCUAUGCAGCCAUAUUAAUCCAAAUGUGCAUGGGCUUUCACAUCAAAACACUUGUUUCGACUUUGCGGUCUGCCCACAACACUUGGCUUAUUCGCAUUCGCGUACGGAGGGCGUCCUAUUUUUCCUACUAUAUACUCUUGGAUGGAACGCAAGGACAAAUUCUCUAAGAUUUAUUCUGAGCUUAAACAGGUCCAUGAUCAAUCAAAUGAUCAUUGGUGAAGGAAGGUGCAAAAGUACAAGACAAAAAGGAGGCAAAAUCCUGAUUUUUGACCUGUACCCGGUCGAGUAUACCAUAUACUCGAUCGGGUACCAACUGGACUUUCAAUCAGAUCAAUCAGGAGACAAAGAGGUGUGCAGGGGAAGAUUUGGCCACGAUCAGUUCUCAUAUCCGAUCGGGUACACCGACACACCCGAUCGGAUAUGCCUUUUAUUUUCACUCCGAAUUCGAUCGAGUAUGCCUCAAAACCACACUUUUUACACAUACCCGAUCGGGUAUACAUCAGUACUCGAUCGGGUACCCGAACUGCACUCCCAAAAAGCCUAUAAAUACACCUUCUUCCCUUCACAACAAAAAACCAAUUCCUAUAUACUCUUAAACUCAGUUUAGAAUA